AUGUCGCUGAUCACCGACGGAGUCCUCAUGGGUCUUUGGGAAGGAGCCCAGGCGCAAUCUUCGGAUGAAUGGGCUUCCGCCAAAUUAUGGUCUUAUUUAUGGAAUAAGCACCUUUUUGCGGAGAAGGAAUGGGUUGUUUCCUCGGAGACUCCUCCGGAGGGGCGUGGCCGUCGACGGGUGGAUAUAACGAUAGAAUAUUUUGGUGGAGAUAGUAAAUUAGCUGUUCUCGCCUUCCACGAGGCAAAAGCAUUGAACGCGGGGCCUCAAGAUGUCCAAGAUGCCGAGCACCAAGCAUUCGACGCUUGUAUGAGAUAUCUCGGAGAACACCCUGAGCUGCAAUUUGUGUAUGCUUUCACAUCAUUUGGAACAAAAGGCAGAGCAUGGAGGUGCGCUCGCGAGGAUAUUUACCUUUCCCCCUUGUUCGGCUCAGACCACUUGGCUGAACGUACUGAGUACGUUGAGCUACACUCCUCAGAGGCCCAGCAAAUCAGACAAGCCGUCCAAAUGAUGAAGGCUGUACCGCCAUCUGGAUAGGAUUAUGGAAGUUUAUCAGCUGGCCUUCGCAGUUUAG